AUUAACUCUGACCUUCUUUUUACUUCACUAGUUCACUGUAAAAUGUUGUCUCUGUGGGGGGUUCUGCUUUAAUAAUUUUUAAUGAUCUAUUGUGGAAUGUCUAUGUGGCUGAAUGAUGGUGAAGUGCUGGUGGGCCAAGGCAGGGGUGAGGUGGUCCCACUAAGCCCCAGAGUGAAGGGCCUACCGUCUGGCAGCCCCAGACUGAGGAGCCUACCGUCUGGCAGCCCCAGACUGAGUCAAAGACGUAGCCCGCUGGCUUCACCACAUGCCAGAGAGCCGACGCCACUGAGCCCACAGGCAGAGACCAUGGGCAAAGCCAAAGAGCUUUUUGUCCUGUGUGACAAAGAGGGUAAAGGGUUCAUCACAAAACGAGACAUGCAGAGGUUAGAAGGCGAGUUGCCACUCUCCCCAGAACAACUGGAGACUGUGUUUGAAAGUUUGGACCGAGAGAACAAUGGAUUUCUCACUCCUGUUGAGUUCAAAACAGGACUUGGUGAACUGAUGGGUGUGGAUGAAACAGCUGAGCUGAGCCCAGAUGGAUCAGAGGCAGAGAGGAAUGAUGUAGACUGGUCUCAGGACCCCACCGCAGCCAGAUUUGUCAACAUACUAAUGGAGCUGGGUGCUGACAAGAUGUUCAAAGAGUAA